CGCUGGGUCAUACUACCCCCUGCGCUGCGCUGCGGCUGCGAGAGGGAUAUCUGGCUACAGCUAGUAGCAUGUGGAUGAGAGACAGGCGGAUGCAGGUGGAGAGGGAGGUAUAAGUAGGUUGGCUUUCCUGUGCCUUUGUUUGUGUUUCCUUCGGUUUUUAUUUCCCGUCUCGAUUCCGAUUUGCUAGGACCUUUUGGAACGACCGUUUUUUUGUGAUACAUAAGAGUUUUUGAGCUAGUUGGUUACCUGCGCUGUGCUACGCGGACUGACUCAGGGUAUUUCUGGGGUCUGUUCUCAUAUAUUUUCUGUCGCUACAAGCACUGAAUAAAGUCGUCGACGCAUUGUCACUCGACGCAGCCGGCCGUGGCCGGUGAAUCUUGCUCGUUGAGCACAUAUACACACACUUCUCACCUCAUACAAACCUACCACACCAUGCCAUCCCACCACCUCAUCCGCCGGGACUCCUGGCCACCCACUAUCCUCCGCCUCGGCCACGACGGCAUCUCCGAUAUCUCAGACACAGACGCAAACCCCUUUGCUUACUUCCUUGAGCCAGCCAUCCCCGCCGACGAUGAUAACGACGAUUACCUCGACCUCAGCGCCGGCAUCGAGAGCGACGACGCCAAGAUGCCGCAGGUGCGUGAGGUUAGCCCGAGUUCGCUCCAGCGUCUGCCUAUUCUCUCGGACGAGGAGUUGGAGGCUGAGCAGGCGGAGCGGGACAUGCAUGACUGGCUUUCUGUGCCGCAUCGCGUGAAGGAGCGGGUCAAUAGCAGUGGCAAGGGCAGUAAAGUGGGGAGAACUGGAGCGGCGCGAGGGAGGGGGCUCGUGAGGAGUGGCCUGGUGCCGGGGCCUGUGAGGAGGUCGAGGAGUGCAGGGCCUAGGGGGAGGGCGUGGCGCGAGCCGAGCCCGGAGAUUGGGGUUAUUGAGGAGGAGGGGGAGGAUGUUGAGAUGGAGAUGGGGAUGGGGAUUGGUGGCGAGCCAGGGCCGAGUGGUGCGGGGAAGAAGAUGGAGGAGAGGGGGUGGGGUAAGAUUAAGAAGAGGGUGCAUUGGGCGAUGCCGGUGGAGAAGUGAGGGUAUUUAUGGAUGGGUCUAGAUGGUUGGAGAGAGCUGUAUAACAUUUUUUUGGCUGGGGACGUUGGCUACCGCGAGGGAUGCUGCGUCUAUUUGUCUGUCUAUAUUUAUUUUCAGGUGGUAGUUUGCAGGACAAGGACACUGAAAAUUCGGCUGAUUGCUUUGCGUUGCAUUUGUAUUACAAUAUAUCCAAUAUACCUGCAAAGGUGCAAUAAUAAUACUAUCUUAUCGAACUUCGCUCCUGCUUUUAUUCUGUAAUGCGAUAUCGUUUCUGAGGAGCAUAUUCCGAGCUUAUUCCCAGCUCUAUCAAAAUACCCAAGAAUCAACAGUCAAAUUUGUCAACGCCCUCUCGCACUCUGACUCCUCUCGCUACCUAUCAGCGCCCAGCU